GAGGGAACCUCUCUCCUUUCCUCCCUCGGCUCGUGCGCUCAAGGUGGCACGGACGCGCUUUUUCUCACGAUGCAAAUCGAAUACAACCGAUACUUCUUUUUCUUUUUUUUUUUCCUUCUUUUCUCGCUCGGGCCGAUAAUGGCUUCGUCCUUCGUGCGAACCUACGAACGGUCUCGCGACGAGUCAUCCGCACCGCAAAGGAUCUAGGAUCUAGGUGAGCGCGUAACGAGUCCCCGAGUGUUCGACCCACCACCCCACUGUCGACGGCGGGAAUCACGCUGUUUACCUCACCUGCGAAUUUACAUCGUCCACGAUUGGCAGGGAAAACUUUUUCCGCAUCUCUCCCCCUUGGAUCUUUGACGCGAGCAAAAACAAUCCGCCGGGGGAUAUAUAAGUGAUCUACGACGGGGUACUCGAGAUGUAUAGUCAGUCAACAGUACCGACACAAGAGAUCGCAAGCACUCGGAGCAACAUGUUUAAGCUGAUCGUCCUUCUCGCCACUGUCGCUUACGCAUCAGCCGACGGCCUAUACUCCGGACACGGAGGGCUCUACGGCUACGGCAGCGGCUACGGCAGCGGCUACGGCAGCGGUUACGGCUAUGGUGGUUACGGCUUGGGUCAUGGAGUAGCGGCGGUCGCACCAUACGUGCACGCUCCAGUUGCCACCAGCUACGCCAAUACGUACAAGGUCGCGGUAGCUCCACCUAUCACUAAGUACGUAGCACCUGCCAUCACAAAAGUGGCGUACGCCCCACCUAUUACAAAGGUAGCCUACGCUCCGACUUAUUCCGCGCCAGCGAUAAGCUACGGCCACUAUGGAUACACGAUUCCGCCAUCGGUCACCUACGUUCACAGCGGUCUUGGAUAUGGUCACGGUCUUGGAUAUGGUCUCGGUAGCUAUGGCUACGGCGGACUCGGCUACGGCCACGGUUACGGAUAUGGUGGAUACUACCACUGAGUGAGAUCGAACUAAAGUCUCGAGGAAGUAGCUUGUCUUCUUCGACAAGUUCGAUUGUAAAUGGCUGGAGACGCAGCCUACUGCCGUACUGCCAAAAACAUUGUCAUCGGCUAUGUACUUGAUGUUCAUAAUAUAUAUUUUCAUACUUUA